AUGCACAUGGUGAGUGGUACUUUGGACGGUAGGAUUAGGUACGCGAAAGACGCGAGCGAGAACAAGAAGAAGAAUUAUUUCAAUAACAUUGAAUCGCACUACGCGCGAGCUCUGGACGAGUUGCGAGAGGCGACGUUGUUCGUCAUGUCGUCCUCGAGAGCGAACAGGUACCGGAUAUUUUCGAAGAGGUUGUUUCGAAUGGCUUUUAUGAUUGGAGAUGAAGGGAAGGACGGCAGCGAGAGGAAGCGAGAGAACGUUCUGAGCGCGUACGACGUUGCAACGAUAACUACGUCGGAGGGCGGGCAGGAGAGAAAUUUGAACAAGACGAAGAAAAUCGGCGGGGCGAGUCAAAAUAGCAACGGUAGUACUAGCAGCAUAGGUGACAGGAGAGAAGAUGAAGAGCUCGCGUAUUUGAUGGAAGAUAUAAUGCCCAGGAAUACGCUUUUUGAAAUUUUAGGCGACGUUCUAAACUUAUCUUUCAACGGCGUGCCGCUGUGUAGGGCGCAACAUCGAGACGAGGAGGAGGAGGAAGAUGGAGACGAUGGCGAAAGUUUGAGAGUGAAGAGUAGUAACAAAGAAAAGCGAUACGCGGCGAGAGUAGCACGCGGCGCGUUGCUUUGUGUAGGCACCGUUGGUAUUACGGAUGGUUCGAGCGAACACGAUGUGUUCGUAUCGUUUAUCGAGAUGCUCGUGGACGUGUGCACCCGGGAGCUCGAAAAUCAGCAGACAACGCGGUCGCGCCCGGGGCGACCUCGUCGUCGCCAACACCUCGAAGAGGAAGACGAUGAUACACGAGAAAAGAAAGAACUCGAGCGCUUAGAAGACGCAUUCUUGAACUUUUACGGUGCCAUUCGAAAGAAUAUGCGGGAUAAAACCAAGGAUGCGGAUUGGAGCGACGAGCACGAUGAUAAAAUUCGGAUGAAGAAUCUAUCGAACGCCUUGGAGGAAAAGGACGACGCGUACGCUUCGCUCCUUUUACAGGCUGAAAUUUUAGAAACACUCAUUGCACUCGUCGCCGAACGACCAGAAGCGAGGGCGAUGCUUGCGAAGAAGAUUGAGACGAUUGAGAUGAUAGUGCGCGCAUACACGUUCAGUGGAGAUGACGACGACGACGACGACGACGACGGAGGAGAAGAAGAAAAAGAAAAAGAUGGAUUCGAAGAGUUGCUAAAUGAAAUCGGGGACAUAACCGAGGAAGAAUUGAAGGCUGCAUUCUCGCGAGCUGAAAUGCAGCUCAACGACGCAUCCAGUGCUCUUCUCGCGUUACUCACGCAAGUCCCCGUGCGCCUUCCAGAUACGUAUACCAUUCACGACAACAUCAAUGCGAUAACAGAUAUAUCUGAGAAAAAUGCGGCAGCGUUUGAAUCUCUCCGAGAAGCAGCCGCGAAAGCGCGAACGAUGUGCGCGAAACUUCUCGGCGGGGAAGAGUAUGUGCAGGAAAUAAUCGAAAACCAAACUCUCGACGUGGUUUCGAGGUAUGCCGUCGAGCAAAAAGCGCGGAAUAGAUGA